AAGGCUCCGUUUGUUCUAUGACUCUAUAUAUGUAUUACUAAACCAUUCAACUCCAUAGUAACUCUCUAUCUUUUUUUCUUUCUUUCUCUAUAACAAAACAUCAACUUCUCUGUCUCUCAACGCAACGCACUAAUCCUUAACCGCUGCGAAACGCUAAACGCAACAGCCGAAAUGACAGAGAAGGAAUGUGAGCAUCACCAUGAUGAAGAUGAGAAAAUGCGGAAACGCAUAGGAGCGGUGGUUCUUGGAUUUCUUGCAGCUGUUCUCUUUGUUGUUUUCUUGGUUUGGGCGAUUCUUCACCCGCACGGACCGCGAUUUGUUCUUCAAGACGCGACAAUUUACGCGUUUAACAUCUCUCAGCCAAACUAUCUCACUUCUAAUCUUCAGGUCACUCUCUCUUCUCGCAAUCCUAAUGACAAGAUCGGAAUCUUCUAUGACCGUCUUGACAUUUACGCAUCUUACCGCAACCAACAGGUGACAUUGGCGACUUUAUUGCCGGCGAGUUACCAAGGCCACCUCGAUGUAACGGUAUGGUCGCCGUUUCUUUACGGAACAACCGUGCCGGUGGCACCAUAUCUUUCGCCAGCGUUGAGCCAAGAUCUAACGGCGGGGAUGGUGCUUUUGAAUAUAAAGAUCGACGGUUGGGUUAGGUGGAAAGUGGGAACGUGGAUCUCCGGUAGGUACCGCCUCCACAUCAAUUGUCCGGCGUACAUUACGCUCGCCGGACAUUUUUCCGGUGACGGUCCGGCUGUAAAGUAUCAGCUUGUUCAGAGAUGUGCUGUUGACGUUUAAGCAAAGGAAUCAUCAUUAUUUCUUUAGAGAGACUAGACCACUUUUGUUGUGCUUUUUUAGUUAAAGUAAAAUUCUUGAAAAUAUUAUUAUUAUUAUUCAUAUAGAAUUAUCUCUUUUUUUUUUGUAUUUGCAUUUUGUAUUAUUCGGAUUUCAGUUUAACAUAAUAAUUACUAGGUCCAUUCCAUAUAAGUUUUCUAU